AUGGCCGUGGGGCGUGUGGUCCUGUCCCGGUCGGACCGCCGGGUCUUGGCUCGGGUCUUGGUGGUUCUGAACUGGGUCUCGGUGGUGACGGGGGCGGUGCUGGUGGGCGUGGGCGUGUACCUGUGGGCGGAGCUGCGGCGGUGGGAGGAAGUGAUGUCAGAGGACGUCCUGUGGUGGGUCCCGGUGGUCCUGGUCUGGACCGGACUCGGGGCCUGCGUCUUAAACCUGACCGGGGCCCGGCUCUGCCUGGACUGCUCGGAUCUCAACCGGUUUCUGCGCUGGCGUCUGGUCCUGGCGCCGUACGUGGGCGUGUCCCUGCUGCUCACCGCCGGCGUGUUAUUGGCCGCCGCCCUCUGCCUCGGCCUCAACGCCAGCGGCCGAUUGGACGCCGCGCUGGAGGCGGGGCUUAGCAACUCCAUGAGGCGCUACAAAGACUCGGACCGGAACCCGGGACUCAAGACCAGACUGGACCUGGUCCAGAUCCAGAUGAACUGCUGCGGCAAAGACCAGUACCAGGACUGGUUCAGGGUCCAGUGGGUCUCAGACCGGUACCUGGACCGGACCGACCCCAGAGUCCAAGAUCGCCUCAGGUCUAACGUGGCAGGUGUUUACCUGUCGGACUCGGUGCCGUUCAGCUGCUGUGACCCCGCCUCCCCGUGGCCCUGCCCACAGACGCACCUGCGCUCUCGCCCCGCCCCUCACUUCCUGUCCCUCGUCCAAUCGUCUCGCUCGCUGGGGCUGUGGGGGCGGGGCUGUCGGGAGGUGCUCGGGCGUCACUAUUCGUCUAUUUUGAACCUGAUCAGUCUGACGGCGCUCGGCGUCUGGGGCUUCGAGCUCCUGGUGGUGGUCGGGGUCCGGUACCUGCAGACGUCCAUGGAGAGCCUGGUCCUGAUCGGAGACCCGGACUCGGACUCGGAGGCCUGGAUCCUGGAGCGAGGUCUGUGCCAGAGUCUCAGCGUCAUCAAGAGUUUAGGGAAGUGUUACCAUAGCGACCACGACCCCAACAUCGACCGGCCAAUCACAAGCUCCGGGACGCACGGGACCGACCAAUGAGAGCGCAGGGGGCGGAGUCUGUCUGCAGAAGACACAAAAGAACUA